GAGCGGGUGCCGAGGAUGGACCUGGAAGCCUCGCUGCUGCCCACCGGCCCCAAUGCCAGCAACACCUCGGAUGGCCCGGAUAACCUCACCUCGGCAGGGCCGCCUCCUCGCACAGGGAGCAUCUCCUAUGUCAAUAUCAUCAUGCCUUCGGUGUUUGGUACCAUCUGCCUCCUGGGCAUCAUCGGGAACUCCAUGGUCAUCUUCGCGGUGGUGAAGAAAUCCAAGCUGCACUGGUUCAGCAACGUCCCCGACAUCUUCAUCAUCAACCUCUCCGUGGUGGACCUCCUCUUUCUCCUGGGCAUGCCCUUCAUGAUCCACCAGCUCAUGGGCAAUGGUGUCUGGCACUUUGGAGAGACCAUGUGCACCCUCAUUACGGCCAUGGAUGCCAACAGUCAGUUCACCAGCACCUACAUCCUGACCGCCAUGGCCAUUGACCGGUACCUGGCCACCGUCCACCCCAUCUCCUCCACCAGGUUCCGGAAGCCCUCAGUGGCCACCCUGGUGAUCUGCCUCCUGUGGGCCCUCUCUAUCAUCAGCAUCACCCCUGUGUGGCUCUAUGCCAGGCUUAUCCCCUUCCCAGGGGGCACAGUGGGCUGUGGCAUCCGCCUGCCCAACCCAGACACUGACCUCUACUGGUUCACCCUAUACCAGUUCUUCCUGGCCUUUGCCCUGCCCUUCGUGGUCAUCACAGCUGCCUACGUGAGGAUCCUGCAGCGGAUGACAUCCUCGGUGGCCCCCGCCUCUCAGCGCAGCAUCCGCCUGCGGACAAAGAGGGUGACCCGCACAGCCAUCGCCAUCUGCCUGGUCUUCUUUGUGUGUUGGGCUCCCUACUAUGUGCUCCAGCUGACCCAGCUAUCCAUCAGCCGCCCCACGCUCACCUUUGUCUACCUGUACAACGCGGCCAUCAGCUUGGGCUAUGCCAACAGCUGCCUCAACCCCUUUGUGUACAUCGUGCUCUGUGAGACGUUCCGCAAACGCUUGGUCCUGUCGGUGAAGCCUGCGGCCCAGGGGCAGCUUCGCGUGGUCAGCAACGCCCAGACGGCUGAUGAGGAGAGGACAGAAAGCAAGGGCACCUGACGCUUCCGCUGCCACCCUGGAUGCCUCCACGUCAGGACGCCACAGCGGACCAUGGGGAGAGAUGCUGAGAGAAACCCAGCAUCCGGGUGGAUGCAAAGAGGCUGGGUGGUGAGGGGUGGUUGCAGCGAAAAACAUUCUGCAGAUGGCUGGAGAGGCUUGGAGCCAGGUUUGGGGACUUCAAGCUCCAGAAAUCUCCUUCGGAGAGUAGGAUGGACCUUUGGGUUGAACAGAAACAGAGCAAGGAGUUUGGUUUUAAUGCUCAGUUGAGACCUACAUCUGCUAGCUCCCGUGUCUUUUUCCCAAGAGAAGAGGUGGAAGACUUCUGGUCACGUUUAUUUAAAAUCAGGCAGGGCCAAGGUGUGAGCGGAGGUACAGGCACAGGGUCCUGGGGGGGAUGGGGAGGCGUCCUCGACGCCCUUUCCCAUCUCUCCUUGGUAUGCUGGAGGGCAGCCUUUCUCCCAAGCUGGAGGGUGAUGAAAAUAAAGCACGCCUCUC